AUGUCACAAAGCCCGCGAACAACGGAUGUCGAGGGACAGCAGGUGUCAAACUCAGCAGCAUUGCAAGCAGACGCAAACCAGCCGUCGCCUGACGAGCAUGACCAGCAAGAAAUGAGCAGAGGUCCUGAUGAUCCCGGUGAUCAUGGUAUGGGUGUUUAUGACUUCGAGGUCAAGGAGCAAGACCGAUGGUUGCCUAUCGCGAAUGUCGCUCGAAUCAUGAAAGGUGCUCUGCCAGACAAUGCCAAAAUCGCCAAAGAAGCCAAGGAAUGCAUGCAAGAAUGUGUCAGCGAAUUCAUCUCGUUCAUCACUAGUGAAGCUUCGGAGAAAUGUCAGCAAGAGAAGCGCAAAACGGUCAAUGGUGAAGACAUUCUCUUCGCCAUGACCUCACUUGGUUUCGAAAACUACGCCGAGGCACUCAAGAUUUAUCUCGCUAGAUACCGUGAAACACUCGUCGCUAGAGGCGAACAUCAGAGACCCAUGACAGGAGGGACCACCCUGAACUCUUCUGGCGGCGCACAGGAGACGUCGCCCUUCGAAGACAGCAAUCACGGCGGUGCUGUUCUAACCAAUACGAUGGAAGCAGCCGAAGGUUCCUACGACUACGCAUAUGGUGGCCAGGGAGCAACGGGCGAGCCUUAG